UGUCAACUUUGGUCGACGCGUUGUGAGCCAACUCGGUCGUCUUUCAUUCGUAACUUGAAUAUUUCGCUUCUUAUGCACACGUGAAUUUUUCGUUAGAAUAGGUUCUCUUUUGACAAACAAAGGACGUUCCUGACUUAAACAUGCCACCUUCUCCAAGUUCUACAUCUGUAGGAGCCGGAGGUCGCUCACCAAGCAAGGCAACUGCCGCCCCGCGUUCUACCAGUGGCGGCACGGUGCGACAGCGCAAAUCUACCACCACGACUACUGCAGCCCGGAAUCGUAGUACUGGCGCUGGUUCAGGGGGUAUGUGGCGCUUCUACACCGAUGACUCUCCUGGUGUUAAAGUUGGCCCAGUUCCAGUGUUAGUAAUGUCUCUGUUAUUUAUUGCAUCAGUGUUCAUGCUGCAUAUCUGGGGCAAAUAUACCAGAGCGUAAAUAACAAUUCAGUAAUAAUUAUUUUGUUACUUCUGACUGU